AUGACUACUCUCCCAAUUGGAUUGUUAUUGGGCGCUUCGGUGUGCUGUAUUGUUUUCCUGGGUCGCGCGGAGGCCCAGCCAUUCGAGGAACAGUGUUUGGACAAUUUCGAAAAGGGCAGAGAAGAUUUCGUUCUCGACACAGAUGACUCGGUGAAAGACGGUGCGACUUUCAUCUCUUCACGGAAGGAUGAGAGCAUCAAGGACUGUAUACGCUCCUGCUGCAAAGAUCCCAAGUGUAAUGUCGCUUUCAUGGAGAAUGGGUCGGGUGACGGCAUGGUCAAGUCAUGCUUUCUCUUUGACUGUCUAUACAAGCAGAAGUACGUCUGCCGAUUUGUCAGGAAGAAGGGAUUCCUGAACUACAUCAGAGACUCGGUGUAUGAAAGUGAUCUGGCAACAAAAAAUCUCCCAGGUAAAACAGGCAGACUGGUCCUCUGUAGCUCAGCUGGUAGAGCACGGCGCUUGUAACGCCAGAGUAGUGGGUUCGAUCCCCGGGACCACCCAUACGUAUAAAAUGUAUGCACACAUGACUGUAAGUCGCUUUGGAUAAAAGCGUCUGCUAAAUGGCUUAUUAUUAUUAUUAUUAUUAUUAUUAUUAUAGACUAGACUAAGACCAAUAUGUACCCUGAAAGGGCCUACCAUUACGUUAAGGUCCAAGGACCUUAAAUGUUAUUUUCAGAGGCUCUGGCAACCAAAACAGCCAAAUACUCCAUCUAAACGUGAAUCUAUUAUCGAAUGUGAUACAAUUCAAGAAACAUAAAGCCCUUUACUUUCAUAUCACAUCAUAAUUUCACAAAUGCAAAUGCAGUAACAUGGAAAUAUGGCGGUGUGGGAACAUUAACCCUAUAAAGGUGUGUAGGAAUUUAACCUUUUUGAAAAUGAUUUAUUGCUGGUAUGAAAGAUACUUUCCUUAUGCUUCCAAAACCGUGCUGCAAGAGAUAUGUGUUAACAUUUAGAGCAAGCAUCAGGGCUCUUAACAAAACUCCCCCGGUCAGAAGAUGCACUACAUGGCCAAAAGUAUGUGGUUAUGGCUAUUUAAGCCACACCUGUUGCUGACAGGUGUAUGAAAUUGAUCACACAGCGACGCAAUCUCCAUAGACAAACAUUGCCGGUAGAAUGGCCAGUACUGAAGAGCUCAGUGACUUUCAACGUGGCACUGUCAUAGGAUGCCACCUUUCCAACAAGUCACUUUGUCAAAUUUCUGCCCUGCUAGAGCUGCCCCGGUCAACUGUAAGUGCUGUUAUUGUGAAAUGGAAACAUCUAGGAGCAACAACGGCUCAGCCGGAAAGUGGUAGGCCACACAAGCUCACAGAACGGGACUGCUAAGCGUUGAAGCGUGUAAUGUGUAAAAAUCGUCUUUCCUCGGUUGCAACACUCACUACUGAGUUCCAAACUGCCUCUGGAAGCAAUGUCGGCACAAUAACUGUUCACCGACAGCUUCAUGAAUUGAAAUAGCCGCACACAAGCCUGAGAUCCCCAUGCGCAAUGCUGGAGUGGUGUAAAGCUCGCCGCCAUUGGACUCUGGAGCAGUGGAAAUGCGUUCUCUGGAGUGAUGAAUCACGCUUCACCAUCUGGCAGUACGACGCAAUGGAUUAAUCUGGGUUUGGCGGAUGCCAGGAGAACGCUACCUGCCCGAAUGCAUAGUGCCAACUAAAGUUUGGUGGAGGAGGAAUAAUAGUCUGGGGCUGUUUUUCAUGGUUCGGGCUGGGCCCCUUACUUUCAGUGAAGGGAAAUCUUAAUGCUACAGCAUACAAGGACAUUCUAGACGAUUCUGUGCUUCCAACUUUGUGGCAACAGUUUGGGGAAGGCCCUUUCCUGUUUCAGCAUGACAAUGCCCUCGUGCACAAAGCGAGGUCAAUACAGAAAUGGUUUGUCGAGAUCGGUGUGGAAGAACUUGACUGGCCUGCACAGAGCCCUGACCUCAACCCCAUCAAACACCUUUGGGAUUAAUUGGAACUGGGAUACUCAAAUUAGUGUGAUAUGUUACGUUUGGUAUGGUCUUUGCAAUUUGUAACAUAUUUUACAAAUUGCAAUUCGUAACAUAUACGAAAUGGAUAAUGGACAUCCACAAAUGAAUACAUACCAUACGAAACGUAACAUAUCAAACUAAUUGGAGUGUCCCGGAUUUACAUUUACUAUGCUGUCUACCCCUGAGUCCAGGUUGAAGCACGAUACCCAGGAAUCACUAGCACACAUCACAAAAUAGACACUCAUCAAAUUAACUAAUUAAGUCUGCAAUGAACUUCAGGUUGCCAUUGAACUGCUUACUAAAGUAAAGUAACAUGAACACACAUACAAUUGAGCUAUAUUGUUAUGAGCAGAGAAAGCCACCCACUAUCUCCAGAGGAGAUGAAACCACCUGCUUAGAGAAGAGCAUUACCCAGCAUGUCCACACACGCCAUGGCUUAUUAUAAGGCCCCUUGUCUGAGGUUUCAGUUUUCACCUCAUUGCUUUUUACAGAGGAGAUUGGUAUUGUACUGUGAGUCAAGUAAUGGAUUGCACUCAGACUUGAGUGAAUAUUGUAUGUCAACAGGAUGUAGUUAGCAAUUGGGCAUGAGUACCACCAAACUAAUGGAUUUGCUGACCCUCAUGUUGUCAUGUUAUGUUGACACUCAAAACCCUUCAAAUGCCACCAAAGUUCAGCCUAGUCAAACUUGAACCAGCCAUAUGAGCUAUGUGUCUUUAACCUAACGGUUAAAGCUGCAUGUAUUUUCAGUCUGAAUAUGUUGUAUUGAACGUGAUGAAGGUUGUAUUCAACUUCCAGGUGAAGAGGACCAUCCUCCAGAGGCCAAUGGAGGUCCGGACAGAGUGGUGCAGCCCCAGGAAAGUUUGACUCUGAACGGCAACGAGAGCAAGGACGACCACGAAAUUGUCACGUACAAGUGGCACCUAGUGUCAGGGAACACCUCCGCUGUCAUUGAGGUGGGCAAUGAUGACUGGGGCAUCAGGGAGCACUGGUCGGGCUUUAUUCGAAUGUUUGGGGCGUUUACCUGAUCAUAGUUAAUGGUGAUUACUCUUUGACUGUGUAAAAGUACAUGAGAUGGAUAGGUCACCCUCGGAACACCAGAGGAUGAGGAUCACAAUUAAAGCUUCUCCAUUUCCAAAGUUCUCCCAUACAAGAAAAUAUAUUGAUACAUUUUAUUUUCUUGUCUCCUAGAAAACGUCAUUUAAUGACCAGGUGAUCGUGUCCAACCUGAUGUCUGGGGUGUACAAGUUCCAGCUGACUGUCACAGACUCCAGCGGGCAGUCUGACCAAACCCAGAUCACCGUCCUUGGUGCUCACCCCUGA